UACCCUAAUGUAAGUUUCGUUUCCUCCAAAGCAGCUUAGCCAUUAUUGUCUGUAUGUUUCUUCCGAAGAAGAAACCGCCCAUCAUCAAUGUGGAAGGAUAAAAACCUAGUACCUAGAUCAUUACCGCUCAAAUUGUCUCGGCAGUUAUUCUGUUAACAGCAGGUUUAACAGACCGUUACGAUGAAGAUUACCAUAUCUCAAUCCGUCGUAUUUGGACUAGACUUUCGUGAAUAUUUAAAAGAGACGGAGCGAGCCAAGCUUGAUGACAGACUUCAACUAAAACUCAUCUAUAACAGCGAGUUCAGAUACAGGAAUGAAUGCAUUAAGGGUCCGAACUUCAGCACGCUGCUUUAUGCUCUAAAAGUCACCCGCAAAGCCACCAUCUGCCGUGGAAAGGUUUGCUUCGACUCAAAGUCCCAAACUCGGGAUCAGUGGCAUAAUUCCUCUCGGAUGAGGCAGCCGGUGUCGUCCCGGAAUGGGACCUCCAGUCCCUGUCCAUCGAGGUCGUCCCCGUGCCCCCCAGCUGGGACAAGGUCCCGGAGAAAGCUGGCCAGCCUUCUCAUGGUUAAACUCACUAGAGACAAGACCCAGUUCGUCUCUGAUAAGAAUGGUGUCUUCAUCAGCUCAGAGCACGAAGGCGCAGACAGGAAGAUUUGCUUGUGCGUGGAGGAUGAUAACAAGCAUGUUGUGCGUCUGUGCGUGAGGAACGCGGGGACAUCGGUGGUCCACUUCACCUACUACACCCUGCUGAACUGGCUCCAGGACUUCACCCUGGAGGACGAGCAGAAAGUGACCCGUGCUCACCCGCUGGCACUAGCACCAGGGGACAGCUAUGAGAUCCAAGUGCUGUUCCAAACGAGCUUGGUGGGUUUCUACCCUGCAACGCUGGCCUUUGAGUUCAAACCCGACCCGCUGCCCUCUUCUGUCGCUUUCCACAUUGUGCGAUACAUCGAAGUGCAACGGGUCACUUCUUUGGGCAAAGAGCUGGCCCCCGUGGCGCCCUACAGAUUCUCCGCCAUCUCUGCUCUGCCAUACUCAGAGUCCUGCCCUAUCGUGGAUGGACAGCCCCCUGAAAGGGAGUCCGUGAUGCGUCUUAUUAUGGAGAUUGAGCUGAAUAACUACAAAGUUCCACAAUAUAUGAACAAGCUCAUCGACUCGCUUAAGAACCCUGAUAUUAGGAUGGAUCCAAGCACACAAGGUAGGAAAGCUCUGCUGGACAGCCCCCUGACCAUGGAGAACUACUGUGAGAGGUUCGAGCUGCUGCUCUAUCUCGAGGAGCUUCAGAUGCUGAAUGACAUCAAGCGCUACAACAUCCCCAACAAAGACACCGAAUACGCCACCAUGUCUAAGGACCCAGGCAAUAAGAAGCUCCUGGUGCUGCAGGUUCCCGGCGUGGCGGAGAACCGUCCUUCUGUUCUGAGGGGGGACAAUAUCCUGGUGUGCCCAAUAGGGGAAACCAGGGUGAAGUAUCGUGGCUACGUUCAUGCAGUGAAUCUGGAUGAAGUGACACUGGACUUCAACUCAAAGUUAGUGGAUGGCUUCAUAGACGGCAUGCGGUUCAGCGUUGAGUUCACGGUGAACCGCUUGCCCAUGCGUCUGCAGCACCGGGCCGCAGAGAUGGCGAAGAAGCACGGGCUGAGAGGGGUGUUAUUCCCCAACGGGCUUCCUCCUCUGGAGACCGACCCAAAACUACCCUCACUCAGGCUGUUUGACCGAAAGCUGGAGGGGAACCCGGAGCAGUACAAGGCCGUCCAGCACAUCGUGGCUGGCUCCUCCAAACCUGCCCCCUACUUGGUGUUCGGACCGCCCGGUACAGGCAAAACGGUCACUGUGGUGGAAGCCAUUAAGCAGAUCGAGAAGACCCAGAAAUUGUGCCACAUCCUGGCCUGUGCCCCCUCUAACAGCGCCUCUGACCUGCUCUGUAAGAAGAUCCUGGAGCACGUGGAAGAGCGGAAGGUGUACCGCAUGUAUGCCAGCAGCUGGGAUGCUAGGAAAAUUCCUAAUGAACUGAGGGCCUGCUCUAACCGCACAGGAGAUGUGUAUAUGUACCCCUCGAAAGAGGACCUGCUAAACUACACCAUCAUUGUUACAACCCUGUGCACCGCUGGAAGGCUCGUUACAGGGGGAAUCCCUCCCGGACAUUUCAGCCAUGUGUUUGUUGACGAGGCAGGACAUGCUGUUGAGACUGAAUGCAUAAUCCCGCUGGCAGGCCUCGUCCAGCCAGAGUCUGGUCAGGUGGUCCUCGCAGGAGACCCCAAGCAACUGGGACCCAUUCUCAGAUCCCCCCUGGUUCAGAACAACGGCAUGAGCAUGUCUCUGUUGGAACGGCUCAUGGACACCAUGCCUGUGUACCGGAAGAUAAUUGACCUUGACGAUGAAGGUGAGGAAGAGGACGUCAGCGAUGACGACUCCAAGCAGGAGGCUUUCGACCCCCGUUUUGUAACAAAGCUGUUGUGCAACUACAGGUCUCAUCCUGCCAUCCUGAAGGUCCCCAACGACCUCUUCUAUCAUGGGGAGCUUCAGGUGUGUGCGGACGAAGCCCUCCGCAACUCCUUCUGUAUGUGGGAGUACCUUCCCAAGAUGGGCUUCCCAGUGAUCUUCCACGGUGUGACCGGUGUGGAUGAGCGGGAGGCCAACAGCCCGUCGUUCUUCAACGUAGCUGAGGUGGAGCAGCUGAUGGAAUACGUGAAGAAACUGCUUGAGAGACAUGGGAGGAAGGGCCUUUACAAAAUCUCACCCAAAGACAUUGGCAUCAUUGCCCCCUACAGGAAGCAGGUGCUGAAGAUCCGCAAGGGCCUCAGGAUAUUGGAAAAAGACCUGAAGAACCCAGACCUCGCUAAAUACUUGAAGGUGGGGUCUGUGGAGGAGUUCCAAGGCCAGGAGAGGAUGGUGAUGCUGGUGUCCACGGUGCGCAGCAGCCCCAAGUACGCAGACCACGACCAGCAGUUCGACCUGGGCUUCGUCAAGAACGAGAAGAGGUUUAAUGUUGCAGUGACUCGUGCCAAAGCCCUGCUGAUCAUGGUGGGAAACCCCAUAGUGCUCGGUACAGACCCGGUUUGGAACAGCUUUAUCGAGCACUGUAAAGACAACGGUGGCUACACUGGUGUCUCGUACGCAGAGGAAGAGGAGGAUGUGGUGGCCCGACUCGCCGCCCUAUGGACAAGCAUCGAACCAAAAGGGGAGACAGAAGAGACCGGAGAAAGCCUCCUUCAGCAGCAGCUGGACCCAGAGUGGAGGAACGAGCUGUGAUGAAGGGCCUGGGACGCUUCCUCCCUUCGGUUUGGAUGGAGGUCAAUUCAUUGUUUUCUGGAUCAUGUGCUGGACUUCUGCUGUAUGUUUAUGUUCACUCACUGUGAUGACUCAAAUAAUCACUAAUCAUUUGGAUGAAGUCAGAAAACAUGAUGGAUUUGGUAUAGUGGUUUGAAGGUCUUCUGAAAAAACUACUGGAAGUAGUGUCUUUCAAUUACCCGUUUGUCUUUAUUUUGUCAGAGUAAAAACAUUUCAUCUGUGAUCUUGGAAGUUUUCUAUUUUACUUGUUUGAAAGGACACGCAAAAAAUGAGUGCCCAGGGAAAAAUGUGCCUUAAUGCUGUGCACUUUAAUACGAAUUAAAAUAUUGUUAUAAAUAAA